AUGGUAUUAUUCAAGAGGAAACCAGUCCAAUACCUUCCCCGGCCGACAAUUGAAGAUGAUAGCUCAGAGGUCUGGGUCAUCCCCGAGACCAACGAGGUCUUUACAAGCUAUGAAUCCUUUCUGCAUAGGAUGGACUUUUACAAACAACGGAGAUUCAUUUGUGAGAUAACUGGGCACUCGGGUUUGACAUUUUUUGAAGCCCUUCAGAGUGAAGCGACAGAGUCUCGAGAGCUCAAUAGUGCUUUUCCAGAUGCUCUGAAGGAGCCCAUCUUGAGGAGAGUGCAAUUUUCAACUGUUUCAAGAGUUGAUCAUCUUGUGGACGAAAUUUUCGAAGAGUUCAAGCAAGAUUUCUACCCCGGAGAGCAUGUCACCACAGUGUUAGAGGAUAAUACCCGUUUGCACGGCAUAAUUCGAGACAAAAUGAGUAUUCCAAGACAAUACUACCCGGACGGAGGCGUAAAGUCGGAGGCAUAUGCGCGGUAUUUGAUCAGAAUCGACCGCUCGCACGAAGAAGCCCUCCUUGAUCAGGACCAUAUCACCCGUGAUCGAAAGACCUUCUCCAAGCAAAUGCUUCGUGCUUUCAUCAAGAACAACACUACUCGCGAAUCAUGGAGCGGGGCUCCCUGGUUAGUCAAGCCGACUAUUGCAGAGGAGUACAAGAUUGAGACCGAAGUUCCAAAGCAUCUUCAGUAUGGUGCUCGUGUCGCUGAAAAGAAGGCCAUGAAAAAGGCGGACCAGGAAGGGCAUUUCGGAUUCUUCUCGUCAAAGAAAUUGCCUGAGCUCAAACCAGCUACCGGCAACGCUCCGAAAGUUAAGCUUACCCCUCAAGAGCUGGCGAGGAAUAAAGCCGAACAGUUUUUAGAAUACCAACGCUCACUAAAUGGUGACCCAUCUUUUCUGGUUGCUAAACAGAACGGUAUGACGGUGAACCGCCCUAUCAAGGAUGUGGAGAUCGAUAAAAAACUGCCAGUUGCGCCUACCAUUGUCAUCAACACAGCACCUCCUCCCCAACAAGCUCCCAAGUACCCAAUGGAAGAUUUGGAAAUUAAGUAUGAUCCCGACCGCAGAACUCGACCGAAGUUGAGCUUUGGAGUCGAUUCUCGUGCAGAUAUUUCGGACGACAGCGAUCUAUUACAGGACGAGAUCAAACCCGAAUCGGUCAGCCAUUUCCUCGAAACCUGGAAUACAUUAAAUGUAUAUUGCGAAGUUUUUCAAUUGGAUUCUUUCACUUUCGAUGAUUUUGUGGAAGCUAUGCGAUUUUCUUCAGAGGACGUGACGUGCGAGUUGUUCGUUGAGGUCCAUUGUGCAGUUCUAAAGAAGCUAGUCAAGGCAGCAAACGAUGACGAUGGAGCAAUUCAAGUAUCGCUGCCUGACUUACCACAUGAUUCUUCCGAUGAAUCGGGAUCUGAAGAGGAGGAGGAAGAGCCUACUCCUGAACCCGAGCCAGUUGUCACUCGAAUGACCACAAGAAGUAGCCUGGCUAAGGCCGAGGCUGCUAAUCUACAAUCACAUCUUGAAACUAGUAAUGGAGCGGACCCGGGACAACCUCUGAUUCAUCGGGCAGCGUCGUUAUUCGAGGAGUACGAUUGGAUUGACAAAUUGCGGAAACGCGAUUUUCGCCAUGGUGGAUGGGAGUUGAUCAUGGCCGGGCUCCUCAAUCAACUGUCUGUACGACCAAAGAUGCAAGCGAUUUGUGAGGAAAUAUUGAAACAUCUUACACCCGUGGACAUCAAACCGACACAAGAGAGUGUUAGCCAGCAAUACUUGACUCUCGACGUCAACCUUCGCAUCCGUGCCCUACAGAUAAUCUGCAUGCUUAGUCUGGAAACUAAGGCGAUCAGAAAUUACCUGGAAGAAUGUAGCAAUCAGAUGACAGAGUUCCGAAAGGAGAAAAUUGAGCACCAACGAGCUCGGAAAUUACUCCAAGAGGAGUUGAAGAAGCUUCAUGCCGAGAGGAAAGAGCACGAACCUGAGCCAGAAAAGGAAGAGAAAGAGAAGGAAAUUGACAAGGCCGGAAAGGAGAAGUUGUUAGAUGACGAGAAUCAAGACUCUAUGUUAAUUACGAAAUCCGAGGAUGAUGUGGAUACUGACGACAUCAUGGAUACGGAGGACGACAAUCCCCGUGGCCCAUCGCUCCGUGGAGGAAUGGAUCGUAUUUUAGAGCGCAAACGACGACGAGAAGCCGAGAAAGAACGAAGAGAGCAGUUGGCGAAGCAGCCAAAGGGAUCUAAGCAAUACCAAAGGAUAUUGAAAAAGAUCGACGAGGUGGAAACCAAAAUUGCAGGGUUGGAAGACGAGAUUGCUGUGAUUGAUAAUGAUCUCCGCGAGGCAGAUUGUCCAAGAACAAGAUGUCUGGGCAAAGAUCGCUUUUGCAAUCGAUAUUGGUGGUUUGAGCGCAACGGUAUGCCCUAUGAAGGUCUACCGAACAGCUCUACCGCCGAUGCAAAGUAUGCAAAUGGUCGAUUGUGGGUUCAAGGGCCUGAUGAUAUGGAACGCGAGGGAUUCUUGGAACUGCCAGAAAGCAUCAAAAAGAUAUAUGUCAAGGAGCAUCGAGUCAGUCCAGUUGAACGCAAAACUCGUGAUGAGGGAGGAACAAGUCUCCCGGAUGCUCUACACUGGGCAUUCUACGAUGAACCUGAUCAAUUAGAUGAGUUGAUCAAGUGGCUUGAUCCGCGCGGCUUCCGGGAGAUGAGGCUGAAGAAGGAACUCUCAAAUCAGAAAAAGAUUAUCGAGAAGCAUAUGGAAUACCGCCGUGAAUAUUUGACACAGACUGCAGAGAGAGCAGAGUCUGAAGAAAUCCCGGCUAAGCGCAUGUCCACCAGAACAAAGACCUAUGUUGACGACGGAAAACACCGAUGCCUCAAGUGGAAGAAUACGACAGCGGUGAAUGAGAACGGACACCUUCAUGUCGACGCAGCUCGCCCUACGAAGCGUGCAAAGAGGGCCACAGACGAGCCCAAAGAGCUGAAGGCGGCUAGUAAACAAGCGAAGCCUUUGAGCCGCCAAGGAUCACGGUACAAGUCGUGA